CGGCACAGAAGCGGAAGUGCCCUCCAUUGUACUAGUUAUACCGCCCCCUGACGGCGAAGCUGUGAACAACUCUCUCAGGUUACGUGAGCAGGUGGGUGUCCAUUUCGAGAUCGCCGUUCGUACUCUGAGGCCUCAUCUUCGGAGAUUUAUGACCCAGUUUAUGGACGAAAGAGAGGCCAAAGAGUUCGAGCGACUUGAUGAUAAUCAGAGAAACGACAUAAUGAACAUGGUAAAUCUGGCAAUGCAACUCCUCUCUGAUUCUGAACCCGAUUCGGAUCAGACUGAAUUCACCGAUUCACUCGCCACCGUGCGGAAAUUUCUAAGCCAGUUCAAGGGAGAUAAUAUCAAAUACAGAAACACGGACUCGUACUUUAUGUGGAAGUCGGCAGAGAAAGUACUGAUUGCAUUCCAGGAGCUGAUGACCUACGGACACGUGUAUGCAAAUGAUCUGGCUGCACGUGAGGAGCAAUUCGUAGCCAAUGACAUUCCACCUUCUUUCGCAUCCAAGGCAUAUUUCGAAAGGGCCAGGCCAGUGGAUUUGGCUUGCGCAGCACCUCCAGAUUUUACCAUACAUGGUGACAUCCAAGCCGAAUUGUACAUCUAUGAGAGGAAUCGAGAAGAGGCCUCAGUAAAGAAGCAGCGGAGGAAAUCUGAAGAAGUCCAACAGGCGCUACAGAAAACUCUGAAUCUCAAGUUAGCCAGCGGCUUUGGCGAGUCGACGCAGGAGACAAAGAUGUUCGUCGUGAAGGGAGUUUUCGAUCCACGUAACGGGGAGAGGAUAUCGCUCCAAGAAGCCUUGGCGAGGAAGAUUAUCAACAAAGCCCACGGGACAUUUACCAAUCCAGACACCUUCGAGACUAUGCCCAUAUCGCAGGCAAUCAACCUUGGCCUGAUAGAGGUGGCUGUGGGAGAGAACGCUAUGAAUGGCGACGCCAUGAGCGCCGACAUCGACUACCUUCACGGAACGUCCGACGUCCGAAGAUGCCCCAUUCUUGGCGUCAUCGACCCAAGGUCUGGCAAAGCCAUUUCCGUCGAUGAGGCUAUCGCUGGGGGAAUUUUGGACCCGGAAACUGGACUUUACUACAACCCUGUGACAAGACAGCAAAUGACCCUCAAGGAUGCUUUGAGAAAAGGCCUCAUUAUCUUGGAUGCCAGAUUUGCAGACGACAUUGCCAAAGAUGACGCCAUUUUCUCUCUAGAUCCCUCUCAGAGGUCAUACAAGGUACUUGGAGUCCUGGACCCACGAUCGGGUCAGAAGUUGACACUUCGCAGGGCUAUGAUGUCUGGGAUUGUAGACCCAGAGAAAGGUGUAUACCGAAAUCCAGAGACAGGGGAAGAGAUCCCAUUAGCCGAGGCCAUACAAAAAGGCCUGAUUAUGGCAGACGAGGUUCCUCCUGGCACCAAUGGUGACGCCAUUUUGACCUUUAACGAGUUAUACCUGAGAACGGAAAAAGUCCUAGCGGCGGAACCAGAGUUGACGGCUGAGAAGAGCGAUGAUGUAGACGCUGUAGUGUACAACAUCAACGAGCUGGCGUACAAAAAGCUUCUGGAAACGACGGAUCCUUACCUUCGGGGAAUCAGAGAUCCUUUGGGUCAGUAUGACCUGACGAUCGAAGAGGCUUAUAAUUUGGGGAUUCUGCGUCUGGACCGGGCGGAGUACGACCGUUUGGAUGGGGACGUUAUACCCCUGCAGGAAGCCGCGGCUCGCGGGCUGAUUGACCCGGAGUUACUGAAGGAAAUACUCAAACUCUACAGCGAGAACAGCAUAGGAGAGUUGGUCAAGCAAGGCGUGUUGGACCCAGACACAGGACUGGUCACCGAUCCGACGACCGGCCUGACCCUAUCAUUACAGUCUGCUAUUUUGCAGGACGUCAUUAAACCAGAGACGACGUUUUUCUUCGACGUUCCAUCCCAGAGAAUCACUAGCUUGGCUAGCGCUAUUGAAGAUCAAACGUUCAACGUCGAAAACGCCAAAUACAGGAAAUCUCCCAAGGAAUCGGUGUCUCUUGCAGACGCUGAUAGUACCCGAAUCAUCCGGAACACCAUCGAUCCGGAAAAGAUAGCGGAGCAUGCAUGCGCACUCUCUCAGCUGCGCCCCCUCAUGAAUACGGAAAAGAAAGGAGUUCAGUCCCCUUACAAACGUGACCCAGUCAGCGUCGAAGAAGCAAUAAUCACCGACGUUUUGAACCUGCCGCAAGGCAGAUACAUGGAUGAACCUGCCAAUGAGAGCAUGUCUCUUAUAACCUCCGUGAAAAGUGACAAAAUCGAACCAGACACCGCAAUGGACUUGUUUGGCGCUCUUGAUAAGCUCUCUUUGCAACAAGCGAUUAACGAAAACAGGUUGGAUCCAAGAACAGGAAUGUGGUGCAGUUCGGCAGGGAGACAGUCUGCUCCUUUACCAAGCGCACCUUUUGUUGAUCCGAAUUUCGUGUUUUAUAUCGAUAACGAGACAGGGGACGUCACUAGUUUGGCUUCCGCGAUUUAUCGAAGAAAAUUUGAGCCGAGUUCAGGAAAGUUUAGAGACAGUCGAAGUGGCAAGCUUUUUACCAUUGAAGAAGCCAUCAAUAAUGGCUUGAUCAAUCCAAGUGUUGACCCGGGCACUUGUCUGAAAGUGACGUCCAAUUUGAAAGACCUCAUCGACGGCGGUAAAGUCAAUCCAAGAACGACAACUUUUGUCGCUCCUAAUGGUGAGACAAUGUCGCUUAGAGACGCCAUGGCGAACGGAUUCCUCACUCUAGCUUCGGAGGUGAGACUUGACCCAGCCACCGGAAGUAUAGUUCUGGCCUCUGAUGAAGACGUCGUGCAGUCAUUGGUCGAAAUUAAGGAGACCUCUGAUUGGUUGGAUAGCAUAGAACAGACCUUGGCUUCGGAGCAAAAACCUAGCGAAAAAGCGGAAGUCCUAAAAACUCAACUAGAAAGUCACCGGCAACUCGAGGCAGACAUUUUGUCGCAUGAAAAGGCCGUAAAUGCAGCCAUCGGACGUGCUCGGACCGUGGUCAACAAAUCGAAAUUCGAUAAGAAAACCGACGACAAUCAACAAUUCCAGAAACUCAAGCAAAAUAUCACAGACUUGGGAGUGCGCUUUGAUGCGGCAAGACAAGAAGCAACAUUACGCACGGAGAAUCUGGAAGACAUGACAGAAGAAUUGGAUAUGUUUUACAAAGAAUCACUGAAACUCGAGGACUGGAUCGACGACACACAGGAGCGCUGUAGAGAGUUACAGAGGUCUCACGCUGGGGUAGAGACACAGCAUAACGCCUUUAAGGAGUUGGUUGACAAUAUUAACAACAAAGAAGGAGAUUUAACAGAGCUGGUGAAAGCUCUAAAUCGCUUCCAGGAAGGAUCACUGGAUUUCCAGAAAGCUUCCAACAACUACCGGAAACAGCUGCAUAUGUCUCCAACAAAACCUCCUCGUGCCAGUGGAACAUCAGCGCUUGAGGAGGAGCUGGAAAAUGUCGAAAGCAAAUAUAGAGAGUUGGGUAGAGAGGCGUCAAAGCUUGCGGACACACUGGGCACCAUAGCCAGCGAGAAGAAAGAGUUCGAGGAGUUAGAGGACAGGCUAGACAGCUUCUAUCCCAAAAUUGAGGAGACUCUACGCAAGGUGUCUGCCGGAAGUUCAUCUAAAAACCCGGAUCAAGCUGCGGCCGAUGUUGAGAGUUUAAAAGCGGCGCAUGCGGGCUUAGUGUCCCAGAGUAAGACGCUGACAGAUCUUGGAGAUGUGGCUGAAAAGCUUGCAGACGCUCUUGGAGACAUGAACAAAAUUAAUGAAGCUGCGGAAGUGAAAAGACAAUACAGGGAUUACCAAAAUCGCCAUAAAAAUCUCCACAACGCAAUUGAGAGUAAACAGUCUGAGCUGACCAACACUUUGUCACAGUCACGUGACGUGUCCAACCGUCUUGGUGAUUUGCUGUCGUGGAUUUCUGGUUCAGAAAGCCAACUUCGCAAUUCUAAAGCCAUUAGCCUCAGCAUGGAGAGGCUUAAUGAACAGAUACAACAACAACGUCUUCUCAACGCCGACAUUACAUCCCACAAGGGGGUAGUUGAAAGGGUUGUGAAGGAAACGAAGGAGGGUCCUGGUGCUGCAAGAAAAGUUGAAGAAAUUCAAACGAAAAUGGAACGACUAGAGAAAUCUGCCGCACAAAGGACGCGGGAUUUGGAAGAAGUUGCUAAAAGUGCGACAGAACUCCAAGGCUCGGCUGCUAAGCUUGACGCUUGGCUAGGAGAAGCCAUUGGAAGUCUUCAGGAUAAGAUGAGGUCAGGGGAUCGACAUUCCGUCAAAUCAAAAGUCGAUGAACUCUAUCACGAGAAGAGGAGCAGAGAAGAUUCCAUGCAGGUCUUGAAAGACAUGUGCCGGAAGCUCGUGGAUGACGUCAGAGUGUGCGACACGCAUGCUCCCAAGGAAGUCGUGGCGGAUGUUCAGACGAAAUGGCACGAACUAACGGAGUUGCUUGUCCAGCAAGUUUCACUGGAGGCACUCACGGAGAUUGACGGGAUGUUGAAAUACUUGGAUAAGGCUGAGAACGAAAUCAACACGGCUGAGCCAAUCAGCGUGGAGCCUGACAUCCUUGCAGUUCAGUUGAGGGAUCAUCACGCUUUCAAUGAAGACCUGCACGAAAAGCGAAACGCUGUCAAAGACAUAAUCAACAAGUGUAACCGAAUGUUGCGAGAGACUACAAACGAACAGACGGACGAGAUUAAAAACCGACUGGAAAGUAUUCGGACCCAGGCGGACAUUGUGUGUCAGUUGAGUGACGACCGUCUCCACCAAUUAGAAGCCGCCGUUCCACUGGCCUCGCACUUCAGUGAGAAUCACGGAGAGUUGAGCGCGUGGCUUGACGAGAUGGAGGCGGAGCUUCAGGCACAGGGUCCUGCUGGAGAGGAUCUGGACCAGAUCAGGAAGCAACAGGACAGUCUGAAAGGCACUCAGCAGAUUAUUGAGGACCACAAGCCAUUCGUGGAGGAUCUGAAUGCCACGGGCCUGGAGAUGAUGGAGAUCUGUGGGGACGAGGACUCGGCGGAUGUUCAAGGACAGUUGUACGGGAUUAACCUCCGGUACGACGAGCUGAAGACGUCUGCCCGACAGAAGGCGGACGAGCUCAGCGAGGCCCGUAAAAACAGGGCCGAUGAGACGGCGGACAGCAUCGACAGCCUGUUGGAGGAUAUGUGUCAGUUCAAAGGUCAGCUCGUGGCUGCAGAUCCAAUCCCGUCGAAUCCCGAGAAACUGAAAGAGGAAAUAGAAGAAAACAAGAUUAUAUUAGAACAAGUAGAGAAGAGACGGCCGUACAUUGACCGAGCCGCGGAUGCCGUCAAAUCUCUGAAAGACCAAGAAAAUGACGAAGAUAUGGACUUUGAGGACAUGGAUAGUAAGUUGUCUGAAGUACGGAAACUCUGCGCAUCCAUACAAGCAGACGGUGCGGCCAGAGACAAGGCUCUGAAUGACGCUCUCAUCGUGUCAGAUAAGUUCUAUGACGUAAUGACUGACGUCACCACUGCACUCCGUGACCUCAAAGACAACGUUCUGUCCCAGGAGCCGCCCGGAGUGGAUGCGCCUACGGUACUGGAACAGAUGAAGGAGCUAGAGGAAUUUAAGAACGAGAUGGUGAAGUGUAAGGACAUGGUGAACGACUGUCAGCGAAUCGGAGGUCAGCUGGAUGCCAUUUGUGGUGCCACUGGCAAGAUUGAAGUGAAGAAAAACCUGGAAGAUUUAGGAGUUUUGUUGGACGAUGUGGAAGAUAUUACCAAAGACAGAGAAGAAGAGCUCAACAAGGGUCUCGCGGUGGCCGAGAAAUUCCAGAACACUCUCGAUUCUAUAAUGUCCUGGCUUCCAAUGUCGGAACACAAACUGGGGAAUAUGGAUCCCCCGGUGAUGGACCCCAGGGGCCUUCAGAAACAAACAGAGGAGAUACAGUCAUUCAAGACACAGAUUCACCCUAAAAUAGUGGAUCUCGAGGCUUUGAACCAACAGCUGGCUGCUCUGCGCGACACGUCACCAAUGGCGGCCGAGUCACUUCAGAGGCCGGUACAAGACGUUAACCAGAGAUGGAGCGACCUCAUCAGAGAAAUCUCUGCAAGGGAGGCAUCUCUUAAUGACAUGGGCAUGCAUGUUGGAGAAUUGGACAGCGCCAUGGAUGACGUCAUCAACUCUGUCACUCUAGGCGACAAAGGCGGAAGUAAGAUCCCAGAAAGCCACGCGGAUCCCAAAUGUCUGGAAACGAGGCUGAAACGUCUCCAGCUGAUACAAAGGGAUAUACAGAACCAGGAGGCUUUGAGUCGGAAGUUGAACAAAGCUGUUGAAGAUUUGCUGAAGCGAACAGGCGAUGAGCAUUCACCUCUGAGCGAGAAAAAAAAUCUGAUGAAUGAACUGGUGAAAUCGGCACAGGUGAACACUCUGGGAAAGCAGAAUCAGUUGCAAGAGGCCCUUAGAGAGGUGAAAAAAUUCGUGGGGUCUAUUGAGGAUCUCCUGCAGUGGAUUAACGAGCUAAGGAUGGAUCUGAAAUCCCCGGCCCCUCUGGGAGCUCUACCAGACACAGCCAAGAGACAGAGUGAUGCAUUCAAAAAACAAUUCGAGGACAUGCUGAGCAAGGAGGACAGCGUUGGCGAACUGGUUGCCAAGGGACAGAAAAUUCUGGAGAGAUGUAAACCGGAAGACGUGACCCAGAUGUCUGAAAAGAUGCGCAAACUGAAGGAAAGAUGGCAGGAUACGAAAGAAAGGGCAUACAGGCGGAAGGACAAACUUGAGGAACAUUCCCAGAAUGUUGGCGAAUUCCACAAAACUCUUAAAGGAUUCACCGAAUGGUUGACCAACUCUGAGAUCACUCUGAAGGGUUUUGUGUAUCCCAGCAAGCUCGUGGACCGAGUACUGAAGCAAAUAGAAACACAUACGAGUUUUAAGGCAGAAGUUAUGAAGCAGAAAGAAAUAAUGGAAAAGCUGGAUAGAACUGGAACCUAUCUGAAAUACUUUGGACGAAAACAAGAUACCAUCUACAUUAAGAACUUGCUAGUUGGGAUACGACUACGUUGGAAAAAAUUAUUGCGACGUGUCGACGAGAGAGGACGCUAUUUGAAACAAGCUCACAAAGAAGACAAGCGGUUCUACGAUGCAUGGAAGAGUCUCUGUGAUUGGUUGGACCAGAGUGAGAGAAAAAUGACACGGAUAAUCAGCCAAGCCCAAUCGCCAAACAAGGUCAACCAGGAUAUGGACGAAAUCAAGGUAUUUCAACAACAACUUAACAGCAAGCAUCAGGACUUUUACUCCGCUACUCGACUAGGCAGGAAUCUCAAAGAUCGGUGCACAAAAACAGACCCCGAAAAGGCGGUCCUGCAGGGCAUGCUGGAUGACUUAAAAAACAAAUGGAAUUUUGUUCGUACUGUGGUCUCAAAAAGUCAAAACAAACUGGACGAGGCACUGCUAAAUUCCGGACGGGUUUCGGACGCCCUCGUAUCUCUGCUGGAAUGGCUGCAGAGGACAGAGGAGGGGCUCUCCGAGAAGCAACCCGUGUUGGGAGAUGUAGACACCGUCAGCAUUCUUAUAGAGCAGCACCGGGCUCUUCAGCAAGAACUAGUUGCACGAGAAUCUACCAUCGCCUCUAUGAAGGCGUCUGGCGAACUCCGAAACAACCAGUUGGUGGAACUCGAUACCCUCUGGGACAGAGUCAACCAUCUUGCCGACGUCAGAGAGACCAGGCUACAAGAGUCGCUGAGAUUGGCUGAAGAGUUUCAGGAAGUUGUACAGAUCAUGCGCGAGUUUCUGCCUCAGGCAGAGGGAGAGUUAAAGGUCAAAGGUCUUCCUGAGGAUGAGAUGGCGAUUAUUCAGCUGAUAGAAAGACACGAGAAAUUCCAAGAGCAGCUUCGAAACCACCAGGACCAUGUUGACAAGAUCAAAGAACUUGCAGAAGACAUACUGAGGAAUUGUCAUCCCAAUGCGGUCCGAUUUGUCAAAUACUACCUGACAAUUACACAAACCAGAUGGGACCAGAUUUUAGCUCGGGCUAAGAGCCGGGCUGAGCGUCUCCAGGAUGCUUUGAGGAGUAUCCAAGGCAACGCCGCUCUCCUCGAAGAACUAUUGGCCUGGCUGACCGACGCACAGGUGCUCCUUGCGACCAAAGAAAGGGACCCCGUACCUGACGAUCUGAAGGUGGUGGAAGAGCUGGUCACAGAACAUUUGGAAUUCCACGAGGAUAUUACAAGUAAAAACGCCGACGUGGAUCGCCUCACCAAGGUAGUGUCAAGUGAGUUUGCCAAGUAUUCACAAGGAAGGAACUACGGAAGUAAUUGGAAGCUAAAUGAAAUCGACACACAAAAUCCACGGGUGCACGCUCUACAAAACAAAUGGCGGACAGUUUGGCGCAUGUCCGUUGAUCGAAAGAAGCGGUUACAGGAUGCACUGGAACAAUUAUUGGAGUUGGAGAGUUUUAAGACAUUUGAUUUCGACCUGUGGAGACAGCGUUACAUGAACUGGAUAACUGCCAAGAAACUGAGGAUCACGGACUUCUUUCGGCGGCAGGAUAAGGACUGUGAUGGGGCACUCACCAGAGAAGAAUUUGUGUUUGGAAUGUUACAAGCGAAAUUCCCUACUAACCGCACAGAGCUGAAUGCGGUUUUUGACAUUUUUGAUCGUAAUAACACGGGUUAUAUUGAGUAUAAGGAAUUUGUUGAAGCCCUGAGACCAGAAAAACACCGACGUGGUCAAAGGGGCAAAAAACCGAAGACGGAAUCGGAGCUAAUCCACGACGACAUUGAGAGAAAUGUCUCCCAGUGCCAGUGUCGAAGACAGUUUAGGGCAGAAAAGAUAGAUCAGGGAAAAUAUAAAUUUGGAGAAAAUCAAAUCAAGUUGGUCCGAUUUUUGAACACGACGGUGAUGGUGCGAGUGGGCGGUGGCUGGGUGACGCUCUCCCAGUUCCUAGAGCAGAAUGAUCCUUGUCGUGCUAAAGGUCGGACAAACCUAGAUUUAAGAGAUCAACUUCAGCUUCCCGAUGGCACGGGCGAGAGAGGUACUCCGCGGAGGUACGGGGCACCCCGCAGUGUCACCCCGUCCUCCACACGAUCUCAUAAGAAACACACCACAGACACAGGCUACGCCUCCUCCAAUUCCUCAGCUGGUAGUUCAGGAAAUCUGUCAACAUCUAGGAGAAACAAAACGACCACUUCUAUGAUUAACUUGACGGACAUGGGCGGUUCCACGCCGAGGCGGAAAACAGAAUUCGGAUCUACUAGUGAUCUUAACAGGACUCGUCGGCUGAGCGAUUCCUCAUCAAGUCUGGCUUCAGGAGUGGGGAGACCAGCUAGGAACAUAAAGUCGCCGGCACCUUCCUCUAACAGGCCGAAGACUCCGAACUACAUGAGUCCACGGUCGACUGCAGCCAGCCCAAGUCCAAGAACGAGCACUCCGAACAGGCCGAAUACGCCGUCUAGUGGCAAAACAGGACGAAGAUCAAGGCCGACAACUCCUGUACAGCACCAUUAUGGCUGGAGGUGAUAGCUCACGGCUGUGUUCAUAGACAUCUUCAGAAGUGUUCCUUCCGCGGGAUUUUUUAAUUAGGUGAACAUGUACAAAUUUUGCUUUCAGGGCUUGUGAGAAUUCAUAUGAUGUGUGGAUGUUACCCAAAGGAAUAAAAAACUGUGAAAAUGUUGAAGUGUGGAAACCCUGCGGUUCAGUAAGUCACGCUGAAUUUAUUAAGGUGUAAAUCACAGUGUAAAGCGAAACAGCACGAUCGGUUCUUCUGUUAUUGAAACUUUCCAUGUGAUUACCAAUGUUAAGGAAUCCCUUUUGUCCAAGAGAGUUUUCUAUUUUUGUAUGAUUACCCAUAUAACAUUCCUAUGAAAUAAGUGUAUUUUUACGUAUAUUAAUGUCUUAAAUAACAAAAACACUGACACAAAAUACGGAAUUCGCUUUUUAACGCCGUUAAACUCUCGCCUAUUUCUGUGUUUAGUUAGUGCUUAUGGCUACGAUACGAAUAUUGUAUUCUUCUAAAAUAUGCUUUCGGUAAUUUUAUAAUCACACAUAUCUAUGAAUACAUUCCAGCGCGCCAGAAGUAAAAUCGUCGGAAAAUGUCCUUUUGGCAUUCAUAAAAAGGCGUUUCCAGCAUGUCCUUUAACUGCUUAUUUUAUACCGUGCAACAUGUAUGUAUACUACAAACAAUGCGGGUCUGCCAGCAACAUGCGGAUGGUCGUGGGUUUCCCCCUGGGCUCUGCCGGGUUUCCUUCCACCAUAAUGCUGGCCGCCGUCGUGUGAGUGAAAUAUUCUUAAGAUGGCGUAAUAAACCAAUCAAAUAAAUAAAUAAAUACAGACAAUACGAUGAAUGACCAAGGACAAUAAUUUGGUAAGCGUGGAUGUAUCUCAUGAAAUAUUCAGUGUAUGAAACCUAUUUGCUUUACAUUUGGUGGGAAUGUUGACAACGGCCACGUUGGAAAGUUUGCGAGUGCAAGGUGGGAAUGUCAUUCGAUCCAAACUGGAAAUGACCAGCACGGGCAAUCAACCAUUUGAUAUUAUGCACAAAACUAAAAAUCUGUGCAAAACGCUUAUACCUCGGUUGUGACUUUGCAAUAUUUUUAAAAACUUCAAGCAACAUUUUUGUUUAAAUUUGAUAGCUAAGGUUAGAUUAGAUGGAUCUUACGUUCAGCGAAUUUGGUUUAGGGUUUUUGUUAUUAUGGAUGUUUAGUUAUAUUUUUCAUUUCCACGUCUUCAGUGACAAGUAUUUUAUUUGCCAUAUUUAAGUUAGGACAUAAAGGCAAAUGUGUUCGUGGAAAGUCCGAAUUUGUUUUAAAAGGUUUUGUUUCCCCAAACUGGACUAUUGGUUAUUCUCAACUUUUGCAAACAAUGAUGUAUUGUUGGAAGCAAGUGUCCAAAAAUUUUUAAAAGGAUUUCAGUGUGGUAAAAUUUUAAUGAUUUAAAUUUAUCAGUGAUUCUUUUUUAUUUUCCCACUAUAACUUUUUUUUAGUAAAAUCUGUUUUUCUUGUUUUCUGUUAAGAUUAUCGUUGCAUAUUGAACUAUUGCAUGCAGAUCAUUGUGCUGCGCCACUAUAUGAUAUGCAGGAAUCAGCAUAAAGGUGACUGAUGUUGUUGUUUUACUUUUGGUUUCAUUUUAGCAAAUACUAGCCAAGUAAAAGAAAAUAUAUCAUAUGGAAUAACAUGGUUACCUGGUUCAUCUAGUAAGCAUUGAAACGUAUCCAUUGUUUAGGCUGCCAAAAGAUAGCAAUCUCGAUGAUGUUAUCGAUGAGUGAUUAGCAUAAUCCUGGUUAUACCGAAUUUAAGGAUUUCAAGGCGAAAACUUCGAAAUUAAGAUUUUCUGAAGGUAUCACACACUGUGCACAAGACGUAGAUAUAAAUUUGAACCACAGUUUGUAGGUAUGUCAAGCGCUGGCCGAAGUUCCUCAUUUUUAUUUUACACGAAAUAGAUAUCAGUUACGCUUCGUAAGCAUCGUAUCACUAUUUUAUCUUCUGCGUUUAUGUUCUUAAUCAUGCAUAUAUCAUAUUGUACAUAUCAAGGCUGUAUAGAAUGUAUUUAUUAACACUAUAUAUUUUUUCGUCUAGCUUUUAAUCGUUUAUCAUAUUAUACGCUCAUAUCAUUUCCAGUGUUAAUAAGUAUGAAUUACGCACGCAAACUGUAUCAGCAGUGCAAGGAUGGACGCAAA